AUGAGCCGUGAUGUGGAGGUUGCAAGGAAGCUCUUCAUCGAGCUGAAUCACGAGGCCAUUGGCAUCCCAAGGGAUGACGGCCUUGUGAUCCUCAGCAGCGAUGAUGAGGAAGAGGCCGUCGAGGAGGAGGAGGUCGACGAGGAUGAGGUGGAAGAGGCGAAGGAUGAGCCUGCAGGGCACUAA